CGACACACGAGACAAGAUGAUAUAUAUGUAAUAUAUAUGUCACCUUUAGAAAGGUCUGAAGGUGUGCUGCUGCUACAAGGGGAGGUAUAUUUCUGAGUCGAGACGAAAAUGAACUUUGUGAAAUCUACCAGGUGGUUUGUGACUUUUACACUCAUCGGUCUGUUUGGUGAGUUAAAAAAAUUUCUCACUGAUUUUGUGACGUUUGUGGCAAAUGCAUUUGUUGAAAAGAAGUGAAUUGCUUGCGUUUUCCUCGGGCAUCUGAAAGAUUUAUCACGACUUUUGCGUAUGACACCAUUCAGAGACAGAACAAUAGUACGGUAGACGAGUUGCGUAGCUAGGGUUUGUGUCACCAGGUGCGUCAGAUUGAACUCUUUGAACAGAUUUUAUUGUGAUGUGACAGUUAGAUUGAACUCUUUGAACAGAUUUUAUUGUGAUGUGACAUUUAGAUUGAACUCUUUGAACAGAUGUUAUUGUUAUGUGACAGUGAGAUUGAACUCUUUGGACAGAUGUUAUUGUGAGUGACAGUUAGAUUUAACUCUUUUAACAGAUGUUAUUGUAAGUGACAGUUAGAUUGAACUCUUUUAACAGAUGUUAUUUUGAUGUGACAGUUAGAUUGAACUCUUUGAACAGAUUUUAUUGUGAUGUGACAGUAAGAUUGAACUCUUUGAACAGAUGUUAUUGUGUGCUGGUACAGCUAGAUUGAACUCUUUGAACAGAUGUUAUUGUGAUGUGACAGUUAGAUUGAACUCUUUGAACAGAUGUUAUUGUGAUGUGACAGUUAGAUUGAACUCUUUGAACAGAUGUUAUUGGGAUGUGACAGUCAGAUUGAACUCUUUGAACAGAUGUUAUUGUGAUGUGACAGUUAGAUUGAACUCUUUGAACAGAUUUUAUUGUGAUGUGACAGUUAUAUUGAACUCUUUGAACAGAUGUUAUUGUGAGUUACAGUUAGAUUGAACUCUUUCAACAGAUGUUAUUGGUAUGUGACAGUUACAUUGACCUCUUUGAACAGAUGUUAUGGGGAUGUCACAGUCAGAUUGAACUCUUUGAACAGAUGUUAUUGGGAUGUGACAGUCAGAUUGAACUCUUUGAACAGAUGUUAUUGGGAUGUGACAGUUAGAUUGGAUUAUUUGAACAGAUGUUUUGUGAUGUGACAGUUAGAUUGAACUCUUUGAACAGAUUUUAUUGUGAUGUGACAGUUAGAUUGGAUUAUUUGAACAGCUAUCGGGAUCAGACAGUUAGAUUGAACUCUUUUAACAGAUGUUAUUGUGAUGUGACAGUUAGAUUGAACUCUUUGAACAGAUGUUAUUGUGAUGUGACAGUUAGAUUGAACUCUUUGAACAGAUGUUAUUGUGAUGUGACAGUUAGAUUGAACUCUUGGAACAGAUGUUAUUGUGUGAUGUGACAGUUAGAGUGAACUCUUUGAACAGAUGUUAUUGGGAUGUGACAGUCAGAUUUAACUCUUUGAACAGAUGUUAUUGGGAUGUGACAGUCAGAUUUAACUCUUUGAACAGAUGUUAAUGGGAUGUGACAGACAGAUUGAACUCUUUGAACAGAUGUUAUUGGGAUGUGACAGUCAGAUUGAACUCUUUGAACAGAUGUUAUUGGGAUGUGACAGUCAGAUUGAACUCUUUGAACAGAAGACAAAAAUGUCAACACGAUCACAAAGUGUUUAUUUCUUUUGUUGAAAUUCAGUUUUCAACCUCGAUGUAAAAAGGACACUGGUCUAGUCAUUGAUUAAUUCAAGUGUGUUUUCAUUUGUUCCAGGUCACACUGGCCUCGUUGAGUCGGGACCACUUGAUGGUAAGUUGUAGCUUAAGGUUAUGUUAAAUAAUUAAUUUGAAGCUUAUUUUUACAAUUCUUCUAAAACACACUCAACCAAAAUACCCCCCCCCCCAAUCUUUGUUUUCUUCCAAAUUCAAAUUCAAUCCAUUUUCUUCCUCUAAUUUACAAAGUAAAAGUAAACAAUCCAUCAGUUCAUCUGUGUGGUGCGGCCUCAGUAGAACAGUGUUGGUACAUUUGUAGCACUCUCUAACCCUCUUUGAGUGAGCACGUGGUGUUUGGGUGACCAAUAAACGACUGGUCAGUUUGAGUGCACUAAACUAGAAAUAGCCCGCCAGACAGUGGCAGCGGAAUUGCGUGAACUUCCUAACCUACAAAAAGUAACUUGACGAAACAUGCGUUCAAGGGGGAGAAUAAGUUAAAAAAGCAUAGCCCAAAACUUUAGAAGAAUCCAAACUGAUGCGAACUUCUGGGAAUUAUAUUUUGAGCGCCUAUUGAGCACAGCGUAACAGCCAUAGAUACGUACCAGAAGAAGUAUUAGUUUAUGAUACUUUUCUGUUGUUGUUGUUUUAUGGGCAUUUGAUUAGACUCACGGCUCUGAGUUAAACAGGGAUUUUAUUUUAUUUACUGUGUGUAUUUAACUUGUCAGCCAUUUGGUGAUAUGUUUGAUUGACUCAUCAAGAACAGCUGCUUACAAUGCGAAGCUGAAAUGAGUAUACAGAGGUGUUUUCUAAUUUUUUUUAUUUUUUUUUUAAAAAGGGGUGAGGGUGGCUUUAAGUUAAGUUGAUCUUCUACUAACCCAGUGGUUCUCAACCUUCCUAAUGCUGUGACCGUUUAAUACAGUUCCUCAUGUUGUGGCGACCCCCAACCAUAAAACUUAUUUCGUUGCUCAUUCAUAAACAUGCCGUGUUUUCCGAUGGUGUCAAAUGACCGGUGUCAAUUAAAUUUUAGCAUCGAAUUUCUGAAAGAAACACUGGUUGUCACUUGACCUCAGAGCCAUCGUGUGGGCACAGCAACCCUUACAGGGGGCGGGGGGGGGGGUGGUUAGGGAGUGGAUGAAAUAUUUUAAGAGCUUUAAGUUGUGUUGUGGACACGUGUUUACUUGUCAACUUUCAAGGUGUGUGAGGAUGUAACGAAGACGUUGCACGAGGACUUGAAAGGUGAAGUGUCUCUGCUUUACCUGCAUGUGCUAUCAUGCAAUGGUUUUUUUAUAUAUCUAUAACUAAAUAGUAUUGUAGCUUUUAUUUUAAGUAUUGUGAGGGGUUAACUACUCAAUGAAGGAAUUUUCAACAAACCAAACCAAAAAGAAAUAAACCUUCCAAAACGAUUUCCAUCACAUAAAAGCAUUGCUGACAUUUCACAUGUUGAGCGCAAACCAUUGCUGACAUUUCACAUGUUGAGCGCAAACCAUUGCUAACUUUUCACAUGUUAAGCGCACAUUUAAAAAAAAAAAAACCACUACUUAUAAUAAUUACCUUAUCUAAACAUUUCCAACUAUUAACAGAGCCAAAAAGAAAACAAAAACUCUUUUAUAGAAAGUUCCAAACAUUUUUUAUGGGCUUUCUUCCAAACGGGUCAUUUUUACAAGUCUCUUCUAAAAAAAAAGAAUUUCUAAUAAAAUGUAUGGGUUGAUUUUUUUAAAUUAUUUUAAUAUUAAAAUGAGAAAAUCAGUUGGGGAUUAAAUAAAUAUGGGCUAAGUAUUUUUUUUCAUUUUUUUAUUAACUCUACUAUUGUCCAGGAAACGUGGCUACGAAAGUAGCACAUUUAAAGCAGAUAUAAAUGCUUUCGACUUAAUGAUAAUUGAUUAAACGUACUAUUUGUAUGCACCCGUUAAAUUCUUAAUUUUUUUUUUUAAAUAUAUAUAUAUAUAUAUCCAUUUUUUACAUUUACAUGUCAUCUAGCUUAACAUACACGCAACCGAGUACAUUUAAAAAUAUGCUAAUGUCAAUUUUUUUUUAAUUAUGAUAUUGUGAUAAAAUUUAUAAUGAACACUUGUCUUUUCUUUAAAAACCAUGCCUUUAUUAUGAAAUUAUAUCAUUUGAAAACAAGCUGCACAUAUUUGAUACUUAGCAAUAACUAUAAUAAAAAAAAUAUAGCCCUUGAUGAUGAUGUUAAGGUAGUUAAAUACCGUGUUAUUAAAGUCUCAGAAUCGGGCUCGGCCAAAUUUCGAAACAGUACGAUAUUUAAUAAUCGAAUAGUGUAAGUCUCUAACUCAACAAGAUUAGAUUUAAAUAUACGGAUACGUCAAAUAUAUCGAGCGUAUCGAUAUUUUCAUAGAUUCCUCUAACUGUAAUCGGUUCACGGCACCAGUUACUUUAAUAUUUAUAAAUAACAAUUUAGUCGUUUUUAUUAAAAAUAGACAGUUUCGUGGGAGGGGGGGGGGGGCAAAACUUAUGACCCACCACUGGUGGUAAUCCCGCUACUGGUGGUACUCCCCCUAGCUAUAGCACUGUGCACCACUGUUAAUUUGUUUUGUUUUUUUUAAAAAAAAAAGGGCGUGGGGGGGGGGGGGGGGGGGGGCAAAACUUAUGACCCACCACUGGUGGUAAUCCCGCUACUGGUGGUACUCACCCUAGCUAUAGCACUGUGCACCACUGUUAAUUUGUUUGAUACCUGACUUAUCAAAUUGAAUUUUUUUUAAUAUAAUCUUUGCUUACAUAGUGUUUGUCAAAUGUCCUGUAUAAAAUAUAAUUUUAAUGCAGAAUAACGUGUUUUUUACAAAUUAUUUCAGUGACAGUUCCUGAGGUGGCUCCUGUAGUAAGCAUUGGCAACUCAACCGUUCCAAACGAGGGCACCCAUUCGCUGACCUUACCGGAUAGAACUCUCAACACGACCAUCUACCUCAAGUGUAAGGUGCCUGGGGGCAGACUUCCGGUCUCCAACGUCACCUUGUCCUGCGAUUUUGGCCGAGGUGCCAGAAACAAGACAGUCCAGGGCAAUUCGGCCACCUUCGGCCUCAAGCUCUACGGCACGGGGUCCGCCAACUGCAGCUGUACGGCCGGACAUGCCAGUGGGCUCUACCACAAAGUAACUAAGUUUGCAUUGAACUACACAGGUACGCAGGAGGGUCUGUGUGGGGCAUCACAUUUUAAAACCAAACAGAAGAAAAAAGAAACAUUGCCGCUAUGUAAAAUUGUUGAUUAGGCUUAUACCGUAUAGAGUCAACGUACCAAAUUUUUUAUUUAACAUAUUUUCCAUUCAAACUCUGUCCGGUGUAUUAUUUACAUACAAUAUACCAGUAAAUGCAAAUUCCAGUAUUCCAUUAUGGUUAACGCUACUGAAAUGUUUAGAAACUGGACAAAGUGGUUGUUUGUUGAUGCUGUACAGAUGUUCUCUAAAACGGUCUCCGAGGCGACGAAGCGUCUCUCCUACGUAUGAUUUUCCGCCAUUUUUGCCAUGGAUGGUGUUAAUCACAUGACGACUUGUGUACGUAUAACCAUCUUUGAUACUGAUUAUUGCCAGAGGGAAAGUGAUCUUCUAAACUGAAAUCAUGAAGGGACAUGUGUUACAGUUGCUUCGGUUGAAAAUUUGUGUGACAAUAUUAUGUGCUUUAAAUAGCAGUGAGGUGGUUUCUGUCAAGCAUGUCACUAAGGCUCUUGUCCGUCCGGAGAUCGAAGUCGCAGAGGUUCCCAAAUAAAAACUUAUAAAUGAACCCCAAACACACACCACGUGAUCAUCUUGAAGUGCAAUGAUUAUAAAAAUUAUCAUCUUUUUUAUCAUUAAUCCCUCUGCCUUAACAUUUUGCAGCGGUCCCCUAUCCACCGGAGGCGGCCCCUCUUGUCAAGGUCGGCAGCCUCGUCCUUGCGGACAAAGACACCUUGACGUUGAAAUUAAACGCUACUUCCGCCAAGGUGUCCGUGGUGUGCAGCGUGCCAGGGGGCUACCCGCGGGUCAGCAAUGUCACGCUGACCUGCGGGGCCAAGAAGGCGACCAUCGGCCGGUCGCAGGCGGCCUUCACCGUCACGUACCGGAAGGAGAUGAGCGGGAAGUCCUGCGCGUGCGGGGGUGAUCACGUGACAGGCAACUACAACAGGACGUCAUCGUUCAUCCUAAGCGUUCAGUGUAAGUCGCCUACUCGGCCAUUGUGUAGUUUAGAGGGCUUACAAAAGAAGGGGUCUAUUCUAGCUAUGCAUCGUAAGGUUUGUAAAUCAACUUGCUUUUAACUAAGAUCUUUAGAUGCCUCUUGGUCAUUAGUCUUGGGCCGUUUAUAAACGAAUUCACGGGGCUGGGGUGGGGGCGGAGGGUCCACAAAAUCUGUGUGAUUCGAGUGUUUAGGUCUAGGCUGUGUAAUAUAGAUUGGUGAUGAUUUAUUUAAUUUGUAUUUUCAUUUUUUUUUUGUUGGGGGGUGGGGGAGGGAGUUAUUUUGGUAAAUAGCGUGACGUCAUUUAUUGAUAGAACUUUUUAAAAAAUAAAUUAAAUGGUAAUGAUUUUAUUGAAUUACUAAUGCACGUUGAGGUAUUACAUUUUGUGGACAAAUUUUUUGUAAUGUAUAUCUCUACUUCUGUUUCGCGACAAUCUAAAACAAAGUAAAUUUGAUAUUCAGCUCAUAUAGCAUUAACAUGUAAUUGAUUUAAUCAAAUUAGGUCGAUCCUCUAUUGACCUAUUGCGGGUGACCAUUUCGUUUCGCAUUCGCAUCUGGGGUUUAACAAAAAAAUUCGAUAGUGAACACAUCGCAGCAAAGAUAGGAUUUUGGGUCGCAUAUCAAACCAUAGCUUUCAUCGUGACACAAUAUUUCCCUCAUGUCUUGAUUUGAGCACUCGGUGAGAUUUUGAAAGCUGAAUUCUAGGAUUAAUUAUUGCUUUCCUUUUCUUAUUAUGUUGCUUUUGUAUAAUAUUGAAUAAGAUAAUCUGAAUAUAAUCAUUCAUCCUUCCACUGUUUUCUAAUACACGCCGAUUUGAAACUAAUUCUCCCUAAUUCUUAUCUCUGUCUCUCUCUUUCUCUCUCUUUCUCUCUCUUUCUCUUUCACUUCUAUCCAUCCAUCCAUCUAAUCAUCCAAUCCAUAAAUCUAUCCCAUCAAAUCCAGCACAUCCAAUCCAUGCAUAAUGAGUUUAGUCAGGCUAGUGAUGUUUAAUCCAUGUUGACCUUAAAGAAAGGCCUACUGGUUGUACGGUAAGAAAUGAGAUGUGCUUGUAAUCAAAAAAAGAAUUUUUAUAGUGAAUUAUUAUUUUUUCACUAACAGGACAUUGUAAACAAUCCUAACAAUGGAACUCGCACAAAAGAAAGACAACCUAAAUAGCUACCGCCCCUCGAAGUGAAAGCGAACGAAAUGACGUCAUUCAUUCUGCUGCAGAUUUGGCGCCAUUUUUAUAGCGCGACCUUUUUAUUUUAUUUAAAUCUCUUUUUUUUUUUUUUUUUUUUUUAAUUAUUUUUUUUUCUUUUUUUUUGGGGGGGGGGGGCGGUGGGACUUUUUCACCUUCAGUAAAUAAAGGAAUACAGUUUAACUGCAAGAAUAUAUUUUUUUUAUUUUUUUUUAAAUACCCGAUAAUUGCGUGGAGAUCUGUAAUUCUUUUUUUUUUAAAUGUGCUUACAACCCUUUAAUCAUUUUUUAUGAAAUGUUAAUAAAAUUGCUCAAGUGAAUAUUAUAUUAAAUAGCACAGGAAUGUUAACUGACACCAGUCUUCACUGACUUUCUUUCAAUUGUCAUCUUAAUUUUCUAUGGAAGAAAGAGAGAAUUGGUGCUGAUAUUGUAAAAGACUAAAUAAAGACUGCAUAUCUUUGAGACCGUCCAUAAAGUAUGUCACGCUCCAGAGGGGGGAGGGGGUGUAAGAAAGUGUGACAGCUUGUGACAGGGGGAAGUGGGGGGUGGGGGUCAGGCCAUGUUUGACGUCACACUUUAUUUUUUUUUUUUAUUUUAUUUCUUAUUUUUUUUUUUUUUUUUUUAGUAGAAUUUAAUAGGUUUAAAAAUAGUUUUUUUAAAAAUUGUGUGUAAUAUUUGUCAAAAUAGCAUGGAAUGCGUAUCUCCUGAAUGUGUUGUUCACGAUUCCUCUCGCUAGGAGCGCUAGUAUACUUUUGCGAAGUCUUAUUUUAUGUAUAGCCUUGCCGAGAUCAACAGGAGUUUUCAAAGUACAACUAUAUGAUCUUUACUGUCCAUCUUUGCAGACCAACUUACGUGAUCGAAUUUGCUAAGUAUGUCACUUAUACUUUGCCUCACAAACAAUGUCAAAGAAACAUGCCGGACAACACUGAGCUCGGGCUCGGGAGAAUGUGCCAGCCCAAACUGUUACAAAAUCAACUCAGAUGAAACGCAUCAGUCCUUUGAGAAUCGCUGCUAGAAGGCGAAGAGAACUCAUGGCAGUUAUUGCCAGAAGAGAAAGUGCACAUUCAGAGGAUGUUGAGUGGCUAGAUGAGGAUGUUGAGUGGCUAGAUGAGGAUGUUGAGUGGCUAGAUGAGGAUGUUGAGUGGCUAGA